CUGGAGACUGGGGGGGAGAAAGCAAUCUCGCAGCCAAUGAGCCCUCCCCGGCUGGGGUGAAGACAACAGGAGAGGGAUUUGGGGAAGGAAAAAAAAUAAAAGAAAGGAAGGAAGGAGGGGGACCACCCUCCUACUACCUCCGCCAGCAUCGCCACCACCAUUGACACUACUCCGAGUCUCCAGUUGCGCCCAUGCCUGUGCCGCCAAUUUCGUUUUAGGGGCUGAACCGCAGGGGAUGAAGAAAAUGGGGCAGAGCGUGCCCCGGACCCUCCUGCUGCUGCUGGCGGGGCUGCUGGGGAAGGCUCUGGCAGGGUUCCCCAACACCAUCAGUAUCGGUGGACUUUUCAUGAGGAACACUGUUCAGGAGCACAGUGCAUUUCGGUUUGCUGUGCAGUUAUACAACACAAACCAAAAUACCACAGAAAAGCCCUUCCAUUUGAACUAUCAUGUAGAUCACUUGGACUCUUCCAACAGUUUUUCAGUGACAAAUGCUUUCUGUUCACAGUUUUCCAGAGGAGUUUAUGCCAUCUUUGGAUUCUAUGACCAGAUGUCAAUGAACACACUGACGUCAUUUUGUGGGGCACUUCACACAUCCUUCAUCACACCCAGCUUCCCAACGGAUGCAGAUGUGCAGUUUGUCAUCCAGAUGCGGCCAGCAUUAAAAGGAGCCAUUUUGAGUCUCUUGACUCAUUAUAAGUGGGAAAAGUUUGUGUACCUCUAUGAUACAGAACGGGGGUUUUCCAUUCUUCAGGCGAUUAUGGAAGCAGCAGUACAAAACAACUGGCAAGUGACAGCCAGAUCUGUAGGAAGCAUAAAAGAUGUUCAAGAGUUCAGAAGAAUUAUAGAGGAGAUGGACAGACGGCAAGAAAAAAGAUACUUAAUUGACUGUGAAGUAGACAGAAUCAACACCAUUUUGGAACAGGUCGUAAUCCUCGGCAAACAUUCUAGAGGCUAUCACUACAUGUUAGCUAACCUGGGUUUCACAGACAUUGUUCUGGAGAGAGUAAUGCAUGGAGGUGCCAACGUUACUGGAUUCCAGAUUGUUAAUAAUGAAAACCCGAUAGUUCAACAGUUUUUACAACGCUGGGUGAGGCUUGACGAAAGGGAAUUCCCUGAAGCCAAAAACUCACCAUUAAAGUAUACAUCUGCACUGACCCAUGAUGCAGUCCUAGUCAUAGCAGAGGCUUUCCGUUAUCUCCGAAGACAACGUGUGGAUGUCUCCAGGAGAGGUAGCGCUGGAGACUGCCUGGCUAACCCUGCAGUACCGUGGAGCCAAGGAAUUGACAUAGAAAGAGCACUGAAAAUGGUGCAAGUUCAAGGAAUGACAGGGAACAUCCAGUUUGACACCUAUGGGCGGAGAACAAAUUACACAAUUGAUGUGUAUGAAAUGAAAGCAGCUGGAUCACGGAAGGUUGGUUAUUGGAAUGAAUAUGAAAGAUUUGUGCCAGCGUUAGAUCAGCUGCCCUCUAAUGACACUUCAUCUGUGGAGAACAGAACUAUAGUAGUCACUACCAUCUUGGAAUCACCAUAUGUAAUGUAUAAGAAAAACCAUGAACAACUAGAAGGGAAUGAGAGAUAUGAAGGAUAUUGUGUAGACUUAGCUUCUGAAAUAGCAAAACAUGUUGGAAUAAAAUACAAACUGUCAAUUGUUGGAGAUGGGAAAUAUGGAGCUAGGGACCCUGAGACUAAGAUAUGGAAUGGCAUGGUGGGUGAACUGGUCUAUGGGAGAGCAGAUAUAGCUGUUGCCCCCCUCACCAUAACACUGGUGCGAGAAGAAGUCAUAGACUUUUCCAAACCCUUUAUGAGCCUGGGCAUCUCCAUCAUGAUCAAGAAGCCUCAGAAAUCUAAACCGGGCGUAUUCUCUUUCCUGGAUCCUUUGGCUUAUGAAAUUUGGAUGUGUAUAGUCUUUGCUUACAUUGGCGUCAGCGUAGUUCUUUUCCUAGUCAGCAGAUUCAGUCCUUACGAAUGGCACUUGGAAGACAGCAGUGAAGAGCCACGUGACCCUCAGAAUCCUCCUGACCCUCCAAAUGAGUUUGGAAUAUUUAACAGCCUUUGGUUUUCCCUGGGUGCCUUUAUGCAGCAAGGAUGCGAUAUUUCUCCAAGAUCUCUCUCAGGGCGAAUUGUCGGAGGAGUCUGGUGGUUCUUCACUCUCAUCAUUAUCUCUUCCUACACUGCUAAUCUUGCUGCCUUCCUUACGGUGGAAAGGAUGGUUUCUCCCAUAGAGAGCGCGGAGGACCUGGCUAAACAAACCGAAAUAGCAUAUGGCACUUUGGAUUCAGGCUCAACCAAAGAGUUCUUUAGAAGGUCAAAAAUAGCCGUCUACGAGAAGAUGUGGUCGUACAUGAAGUCAGCCGAGCCUUCCGUGUUCACCAAGACGACGGCGGACGGGGUGGCGAGGGUGCGGAAGUCAAAGGGGAAGUUUGCCUUCCUGCUGGAGUCCACGAUGAACGAAUACAUCGAGCAGCGCAAGCCCUGCGACACCAUGAAAGUUGGCGGCAACCUGGAUUCCAAGGGCUAUGGUGUAGCAACCCCCAAAGGCUCAGCAUUAAGAAAUGCUGUUAACCUGGCAGUAUUAAAACUGAAUGAGCAAGGCCUCUUGGACAAAUUGAAAAACAAAUGGUGGUACGACAAAGGAGAGUGCGGCAGCGGGGGAGGUGACUCCAAGGACAAGACGAGUGCUCUGAGCCUGAGCAAUGUUGCUGGGGUUUUCUAUAUCCUUGUUGGAGGCCUCGGGCUGGCCAUGAUGGUGGCACUGAUCGAGUUUUGCUACAAGUCUCGGGCCGAGUCCAAGCGAAUGAAACUCACCAAGAACACGCAGAACUUCAAGCCUGCCCCUGCCACCAACACCCAGAAUUAUGCUACCUACAGAGAAGGCUACAACGUGUACGGCACAGAAAGUGUGAAAAUCUAGGGAUCCUCACCCUGGCAGCACGCGAGAGGAGAAGCAGCAGAGAAUGUGGCUACUUCAUGGAUUCGGACCACCUGAGCCAGUUGUACUCUCUCCGAGGUGUCAGGCAUGACACACGUUGAUGAUGGUGCAAUGUACUUUUAACAGGAAAAACUGAUUUUUUUUCCUUCAGUGCCUUAUGGAAGACUCUGAGACUCACAACAAUGCAAACCAUCACUGAAAUAUUCUUGCUUUGCUUGAAAGAAGAAAAAGAAAAAAGGAGGAAAGGAAAAAGAGAAACGGAAAGAAAAUAAAAGAAAAAAAAAGAAAAAAG